AUGGACGCCCUCAAGAAAUUCGCGGGUGGCAGCAGCAGCAGCCACGGCAACGGCGCGCAGACGUCCGGAGAGAAGAAAGACGUCGGUGACAGGGUUGCGGGAUUCAUCAACAAGCGCCAGGGCGGGAAGCUCUCCGACCAGCAGCUCGAGACCGGCACGGACAAGGUUCGCGGCAUGUACGAGAAGGCGACCGGAAAAAAAGUCAACCCUAAAAUAUCCAACUAA